GGUUGCUGAUGUAGUGAACACUUUGCUUCUGGAUGGAGAUUUUUCUUCUUUUCCUUUGUAGUUAGCAAAAGUUUUUUAUCGAUUAUUUACUGUGCUCUAUUCAAUAACUGCUCAAGGAAUUUUUACUAUUUCUGUGUCGAAAUUCAGCAUAAUACGCCUAAAAAUGCAUUAAUAUCAAAUCGAAUGACUAGCUGCUGCAAGCAGUUCAGUAAUUGGGCGAUGAAGUCCAUAUUUUGGACGGAAAAAUCACAAAUAUAGUUGGGAGUUCGGUCGUGAAAAGAGAGGAAAAUCAGCCAUUCGUGAAGGCAUACAUACAUUGACGCAUGAACAGGAUAUAAUCAAGAUUUUCAUUGUUGUUUGUUGAAUUUUUAGUUGAAAGAUUAUAUCGCACGGGGAUUUUAUGUAGUGCACUCAACAUUAGAGAUAAGCUCGCUCGGUUUUUCGUGAGGUCGAAGGUUCAGAGCUUUUACAUUUUUGUUUCGAGUGUGUGACGAUUGGGAUUUAUAAAAAAAAGCAAAAUGAACGUAGAAUUCAAUCGUCGCAGGACAUACAAUGAAUGGGAACAUGCGGAAUGGACAAUGGAAAAUCCGUUUGAUGUUCUGGCAAAGGCUGGAUUCUACGCUACCGAUCAGUUUCUGCAAGUGAAGUGUCAUUUUUGCGGUGUAUCAAUCUUCCUCGGGAACUCUGCGUUCAAUAUUCAUGAGAGACAUCGCGUAGUAAGUCCUAACUGUAAUUUCCUGCUGAAUCCCGAAGCCACAGACAACGUUCGCAAUUUCAGUGCGAACGAGCUUAAGCGCGAAGAAUGUCGGCUAGCAACUUUUGUCAACUGGCCAGUGGCACAUAUCAGUCCCAACGCAUUGGCCACAGCUGGGUUUUAUUAUAUUCACAACGCCGAUCAAGUGAAAUGCGCUUGGUGCGAAGGAGUGAUCGGCCAGUGGGAAGUAGGCGAUGAUCCCUUCACGGAGCACAGAAAAUUCUUCCCGAACUGCGUGAAAGUUAUUUCGUACAAUAUUAGCUCGAACCCAGUGUUGGAUGCCAGCAUUGGUAUACAACCGGUGAAGGCGCCUCACGCGCCUCAGUUCAGUUCGUUGGAUUCGAGAGUGCGAUCUUUCGAAAAUUGGGCAAUGAGUCACGUUCAGGAUCCAGAACGGUUAUCCCAGGCUGGCUUUUAUUAUUUGGGAAGAGCAGACGAAGUUCACUGUUUCUACUGUGACGGUGGAUUGAGAUUCUGGCUAGCGGAUGACGACCCUUGGUUUGAACAUGCGAGAUGCUUUCCAAAAUGUCAGUUUGUACAACUGGUGAAGGGACAACUUUUUAUCGAGAAUGUUCAGAGUCAGAUUAAAAAUAACGGCAGCAGUCAGCAACAGCAACAAAUGCAAAUUGGAACCCAAAACAACGUGACAAUGAGCCUUGAUGAGGCGCUGGGCACAGAGCCAGUACAACUAGCUCUGUCAAUGGGUUUGAAUGCUGGUCGAAUUCGCGCGGUUACAAAACGACAACUAGAAACAACCGGUCAACCUUUCGCGGAAUCACAGGCUCUGAUUGAAGCUGUUCUGGAUGGUCAAAUUCAAGAUGAAGAGCUCGAACCAACAACAUCCUCCCGAGUCGAUCGUCGUAUCGAGAACGGGGUGUCACGAUUGCUGUGGACUGCUAUAUCUUCCUCAGCCGAUCCAAAUUUGUCUUCGUUCAGUUCCACAUUUUCAACGCCCUCACCAACGGUUGAUCCUGCUGCACAAGACGCCAGCGUUAGCUCACCAUCAUUGCCACCUACCUCUAGCUUAGUCAACACCACCAUUGGAGUCGACUGUAAAAAUGUACCUGAGCAGCUGCAGCAGAUGCAGACAAGCGAUAAAUCGGAUCCCACCGUCGCAAUCGUUGAAGAUGAUAAAACGCAUCUGCUAGAAGAGGAGAACAAACGACUGAAGGAGGCCCGGGAAUGUAAGAUCUGCAUGGCCGACGAAGUUGGCGUGGUUUUCUGUCCCUGUGGUCAUCUUGUUUCCUGCGUACAAUGCGCACCAGCGGUUACGAACUGUCCCGUAUGUAGGGCCGCUAUCAAAGGUCGGGUACGCACAUUCCUAUCCUAAGAUCCAACAGUUUACGGAGCGAAGCAUAAGUGCAUAAGCAAUGCGAACUACGUGCACACUCGUUGUCACUUUUUAAAGAGUACACAAUAUUCAUGAGCGUGAUACAACAGCGUAUCAUUUGCGAUUGAAUUUUUCGAAGGGAAUCGAAAUCAAUUUUGGUUAGCGGUGUUUGACAAAGAGAGCAGUUUUUAUUAGAAACACAGUUUAUCCGGAAGGGAGACGUCAAGUUCUGAUAAGGAAUGAUGUUCUUUAGACGAAACGGACGCUUGGAGGUAGUCAUCCGAAAUAUUCCCGGGUGUGCCGAUUGAAUAGUAUUAAUGUUGGCAAAUAUAUUGAGGAUACAAUAAAUU